AUGUCUCGAUCAUUACUCCGCUCCGUCUUGGAGCUGCGGACGCCUCUCACUCGGCUGCCGCCCUCCUUCCUCCUGCCCAUCCAGUCCCAGCAGCGCUCGCUGUCGAGCACCAGCAGACGGCACGACCAGAUCCAGUCGCAAUCAACAACACCAAACCCGGUAGCCAGCGACGCCAUCUCCAAGCCGCCCACCGAGCCCGAGCAUCCCUUUGUUGCCGAGUCGGGCGACCUGCAGCCGCAAAAGGGUCACAGCACCGUCCCGGAGCCUCUCUACCCCAAGCAGCCACAGACAACCUCGCCGCUGUCGCCCGAGGCCGCCCAGUCCAUCAGCCAGCUGCUCCCCCUCCUGCGGGCGCAGCCGGGCCACUACAUCACGGCACACAUUUGGGGACGGCCGUACCUGGUACAGCCGGGCGACCGGAUCCGGCUGCCCUUCAAGAUGCCCGGGGUGCUGCCGGGCGACGUGCUGCGCCUGGACCGCGCCUCCACCCUGGGCUCGCGCGACUACACCCUCCAGGGCGGCCCGUACAUUGACGAGCGCCUGUUCGAGUGCCGCGCCACCGUCACGGGCACCGAGACGGAGCCCCUGCGCGUCAAGGUCAAGACCAAGAGGCGGCAGAGGCGGAACAAGACCGUCAAGAGCAAGCACCAGUACACGAUACUCCGCAUCACGGAUCUCAAGCUCAAGGGCCCCGAGGCUAUUGGAUUGUAA